GUGAUUUCGAAAUUGUGUUUCAAAUAAAUUCUGUCUGCAAGCCGCGUGUAAAGUGGAAAAUGACUAAAAUGCCUUUUAUGUCAAUCGUGUUUUUCUUCAUAAUCCUGUUGAAUUCGAUCGAAAUACAAGCAGGUACAAAAUAUCCUUUUGCCAAAAAAAUAUCUUUUAUAAAUAUGUUUUAUUUGAACAUGAAAAUAAAUGAUAUAUAUAUAUAUAUUAUUUAUACUUGUGUUAUGAUUGAUGCACAUGUGUCAUUUUGUUUAAUGUUCGUUAACUGUGUAUCAAUGACGUUUAACUUUCCCGUUAUUAUUGUUGUAUCGUUUUGUUUAGCAGGAAAAUAUCGUGUUUUUCAUAUUAUGAGACUGAACAUUGACAUUAACCAAAAAAAAAAGAGGAAAUUUUUAUUUUCAUCUGGGAUUAAAAUGUUUAAAAAAAAAUAAUAAUUUUAUAAACCAUUUUUCUCUGCAUAUCUUUUUUUCUCCAAAAAUUGUACAAGAACAUAUUUAAAAUGUCCCACAAAACAUCAGUAUGCGGAUCAUACGAACUCAACGAAGGCAGUGCCGCUAAAUUUUAGUUCAAGAAUUCAAGGAGAGAAACACACACAAUUCGCAGCCUGAAAAGAGAAACGUCUGUAAUAAAAAUAGUUGCCGUCGAAUUGUUUCAAUGGAGGUUUCAGUAUAAUUUUUUUGUUUCGUUUAAGACUGAUUCGUUCAAUAAGUAAUAUGUAUUUUAAAUAUUCCCCACACUUAAGUGAAAGACCAACUGAUUAAAAUGAAAUCACAAAUGGUUCUUUAUUUUUGUUAUGUUAUAAGGCAACACGUUCAUAUCUAUAUUUCAAGGCGUUUGCAGGUGGUCUCAAGGUGUCAACAUUGAUGGCGUGUGCUUCCUUUUAAACACAACACAACUGACAUAUAACGAAUCUAAGGUAGUUAUACAACACGACUGACAAGAAAGAUCUUAAUGAGCUGUUCUUUUUAUAUAAAUGAAAGGACUGCUUUCAAGCUUAGUAAAUGAAUGAAAUAGGGAAACGAGGUAUGUGGAAGCUUUAAAUAAGACAACAGGACAAAAAAACAAGGACGUUUUGGCAUAAAGCCUUCCUCAGCCAAAAAUACAAAUGAAAAUAUAACAAAGAAAAGAGCACAGUGCAUGAGUUGUCUACUGUGCUCUUUUCUUUGUUAUAUUUUCAUUUGUAUUGUUGGCUGAGGAAGGCUUUAUGCCAAAACGUCAUUGUUUUUUGUCCUGUUGUCUUAUUUCAAGCUUCCACAUACCUCGUUUCGCUAUUUCAUUUAUGUUCUUUUUAUGCAAACUUGUUUUUUAUUUUUAUUCUUUUCUUCUUCAAAGUAGAAACAAUUAUAAUAUUCUAAUGAUCAUUCCCAAAGGUUUAAAUUUAAAAGAAAUUGUAUCCUUCUAAUCAAUUGUUUAAGUAAUAAAAAAAAGGAAGUAUUACAGGUUUCCUUAAAAAAAAAAUAAUGGUCUAAAAAUUACAUAUCUGUUUCAGGCAUAUUGCGUCUCUAUCGGUGGAGCUUUGGCCACAGUAAAUACAAUGACACAAUUCAACGCAAUUGCAGCUAUGGCAAACGUAUGUAAGUACAACUAAUAAGUUAUUUUUUUUAAAGGACUAGUAAUUUCACGCACACACACACACAUUUCUAUAUAUCUAUAUAUAGAGAUAAAUAAAUAUAUAUAUAUACAUAUAUAUAUAAAUAUAUAUACAUUUGUAUCUAUAAAUAUAAAUUUGAACAAUUUAAAAAAAAAUAAUAAUACAUAUUUUACAUUACAUAUUUCCACGGGGAAAAGGACUGGAGUUAUCAACUUUAAAAUGGAAAACAAAUGUUCCUGUGGUCGUUAUUAUUUUUUUAUUUUAUUUGUUUAUCUUUAUUUUCUUUUUAUAGAAAUGUGAAUAUACAAUGUACAUGUAUAUUACAUUUGAAAUAAUUUAUAAACAUUUGUUAAGAAAACAAAAUGUAACAUUUUUUUGUUUAUAAGGCUGUACUGUUCGCAUCUUUUUAAUGCAGCCCUGCACACUCUCCGGUAUUUACGUGUAUAUCAACGCACUAAAUAGUAAUGCAAAUACUAUCACUUUAUGAUAACAGAUAUAAUUCAAAUUCGACUAAUAAAUAUUUUCUUCUUAGCAAUUUAUGUUUCGACUUAUGGGUCAAAAGGGCAAGGCAAAUCCGGUUAUUAUUUCUUCUGUCGCACCGAGUUACUGUUCUUUAUGGGCAGUAAAAUAAUUAAAAUGAUAUCUUUGAAUAUGGCGAAAUCACAGCUUUACAAGUAUUUGAGAUCUAGGGAGGUGGAAUUUAUAAAUCAAUUUCUUUACUUUGAGCUGGAAAGUAUCUUUUACUGUGCACAAAUUUAUUACCAUAACUCAAUUAGACUUAACAUGAAAUAUUUAAAUGUACUAAUACGACAACACAAGUAACUGUUCAUUAUAUUUGUUCCUAAAAUGUGGAGCUGAAUUGUUUUACUGGAAUUAUUAAAUUAGUUUAUUUUCUUCUUCUUCUUCUUCUUCUAUAUCUUAAGGGCCCACGAUCAAUUUAAUGGUCAUUUUGGCUCCUAUGCAUGUAGAUGGGAUUUGCAAUGUUUCUGUUACUGAUGUUGAUGAGGAAAUCAUGCACUGGGGGUUUGAAGGCUUGAGGCAGUAGACACAAAUGUGUCUAGUGUUGUAGCCUCAACCGUUCCUUUCGAAAGAUGGUUCAAGUCCCUGAUUGUCUUGGGCAGGAAUGAGCAGCUCCUAUACUGGCUUCUUGCUGGUAUGAGCCUGAAUUGCCUGUCAUGGCCUCGUCGCUGUCUAUGGGGGAGAGGGACGAGUUUCUGUUUAAUACUGGAACAGUGGACCAGCCAAUUAUUUAUCUUGUUCUAUCUUCUAUUCUAACUGCAAAUGCAUUCGAAAGUAAAAAAAAAAUAUCUUCUUUAAUGUUUAAGACAAAUAUGAAUUGAAAACAUAUUUAAAAACGGAUUUUAACAAAUGAAACAUUUUCAUAACUUAAACAUAAUUAUUACACCCGCCCUUAUCCUUUUUGACAUUUAAUUCACAAUUCCUUUUUUUAAACACUCAAACAGCAGACGUGAGUUAAACGUCAGAGUGCAGACCGUCACACUAUACAAUGACAUCAUUACAAAGCAAAUCAAUGAAAAACAAAUGUAGAUUUUUUUUCGUCUUUUAGAAAUUCCUGUAUUCCAUGGUUGAUUUAACUGCAGAUUGGAUUACGUUUAAUAUAUAUUUGUGCAUCUGUAUCACAAAUGACGAAUUCAUUUUUGAUCACAGACGACUCCAUCUGGAUCGGCGCCAACGACAUAGCCGUAGAAGGUGUCUGGCGCUGGGAGGACUCGGGGGAUCUGGCCACGGAACUGACCGGAUACUGGGAGAUCGGACAGCCUGACGAUGACGGGAACGUUGCCGACUGCGUGGACAUCUACAUCGGCUACUGUCGGAGCUGGAGACUCUGGGACGACGACUGCAAUUUUACAUAUUCAUUUGUAUGCAUGGACAAAGGCUAGUAGCCUUCACAUCAGUUCUAUGCCCUAAUAUCCUUUAAAGUGAUACAUUUUAGCUCACUUAUUAUUUUUUUUAGUAUUGUUAUUGUGCUUCGUGCAUUAAAAUGAGGGGAAACAUGAGGGCGUAAAAUUGUUGAGUCAUUAAAAAAAAAAUCUCCGGCAACUAAGGUCAACAGAUAUUAUAUAAACGAGGGGACCAUUUUGUAAUGCACACCUGGAUGACACAUACGUGCAUGCAAAGGGCCCAUUUACUAAAUGAUAAUAUAUAUGUAUCGAUAAUUUAUAUAUUUUGAAUUGAACCCCAUAGCUGCAUUAAAGGUGACUGAACCAUUGUUAUUUAGGUAACUGAGCUGCAGCAUUGGUAUUCAAAUUACUGGUAUUGCAUUUGACCUGGAAUGUCAUAUUUUAUAAGCGAACACUAGCUAGAAUUGUAAAAUAUAUUUAUUUAAAACAUUUUAUUUUGGUAUUUUUUAAGCCAAGCCAAUAGUUUCACAGAUUUAUUGUAAAAUGAAAGCAAUUUUUCUAGUGUACAUUUUUGUAUAAUAAGGUUAAGAAUUAUUGUAAUUACGCUAAAAAAAGACAUGAGCACAAUAUUACAGUGAUUUAUUUUACCAUGUUACAUUUAUCGUGCAGCCAGUGCUAUCACGCCCACGACAACGGAAUCUACAACUACGGUUAUUUCUAGCCCAACUACACCAUCUGGUAAAAAAAAAAAAUCAAAUAUAUAUUUCUUUAAUCAACACUUAACUUCUAUAAAACAAAGAAUUAUGAAAAUCUUAACAUUCCUUAAACUUUUGUGUUUGGACAUAUAUACAGGCAAUCAUGAAAUAAAUGUAAAAAGUAAUUCUUUAAAUAUUCUUUUAAAAAAUCUAUUUUUUUUUUUAAAGGGCAUGAAUUUAAAAAAAUGAGCUGAGGUUAAGAACUGGAAAUUUAAAUUAUUAUGAUUAAAGAGAAGAGUCUAAAUUUUAAAAAUAAAAUAAUACACAAAUGAAAGCGAUAAAACUUAUAAAAGAAGACACAAAACAUCAAAAUAAUUUGAAAUUCUUUUUUUUUUUUAAAUUAAAAGAAAAAUGAAAAAUAAAUCAAGCCGUUUCAAAUAAUAUAGAAUUGAAAACCAUAAACAUAUUAUAUUUAAAAUGUAUAAAACAUAAAUAUUUAUUUAUUAGUGAACUGCAGAUGGCCCGGCUCCAUAUAUGUUGAUGGUGGCUGUUUCCUCUAUAACUCCACCUUGAUGACAUAUGCCAAGGCAAAGGUGAGUGGACGACGCAGUUUUCAUUACAACCUUUAGUUUGUUGGCGCUGUGAUUUUAAGAAAGAUCAAUAGCCUUUACAGUGUAAUAGGAAUCAACAGGGUUAUUUAUAUGUUAAGACUUUUUUUAAGUCAUGUCAUGGAGAAUCUGUCCGAACGCCCCUAGUUCAGUUCCAGCACCGCCGAGGCGACUUGAUGCUGUCACAUGGGGUUUGCCUUUUCGUGGUGUGUCUGAGCAGUAGGGAGAGUUUGUUCUCCCGACACCAAAACCCAGGGCCACUCGCAUGACUCCCCACGCAACGGGAGUAACGCAAUAACAUUAUCAGUUUUUGCGUUGAUGGAUAAAAUGUGUGGGUGGCAUUCAAAGCCGACACCGAUGAUUUUAGCUAUGCGGCCCCAAGAAAUCUGCUCCUAGGCGACCGUUUCAUCCCCGCUUACGUCCCGACCGAACGACUUCCUGGACGGUGGGCGAAGGUAUCGCAAAACCUUUCCUCCGGAGUGGAAGCAAAGACAUUCUGCCGUGCUUUAAAAGCAGCGUUUUCAAUUCAAACGGACGUCUCCCAGGCCAGGUGUUAGGUAGACGACGUGCUUGCACAUGGUCUGGAAAGGGGGAGACCCGGCGUCUCGCAAGUAUGGAGAUGUUCCUGGGGGGGGGGGGUAUUUUGCGAACGCGCUCCAAGACCCAAUGACGCCUUCUCCAAAGUAACUUUUUUCGUAAUAAUUCAUAUUUUAUUCAAAUUAAAUUUGGAAAUGAACCAACCUCAGCCACCGCAGCAACGUCAGCAACAGCAGCGACCGCAGCGACAUCAGCAACCGCAGUAGCAGCAACGAGAGCAAAUGCAAUGACGCCAUCUCCAAAGUAACUUUAUUCGUAAUAAUUCAUAUGUUAUUCAAAUUAAAUUUCGAAAUGCACCCAAAUAACAUCAAUGAGAAAUUAUAACAUAUUCUUCUACUCAAUAUUGCUAAUUCCAAUAAAAAUUAAAACACAAUGUCUAGAAUGUUAAAUAUAAUAUGCGCAGCCAAAUUCAAAAGUUGUCUUUUAAAUCAUUAAAAAAAAAUGCCGUUAAUAAAUGUGGGGUAUGGGUGGAAGUCAAAACCGAUACCGAUGAUUUUAGCUACUCCGCCCCACGAAAGCCGCUCCUAGGCGACCGUUUGGUCACCGUUUGCGUCCCUACCGGUCGACUUCCUGGACGGUGGGGGGGGGGGAGGAGGUAAUGCAACACCUUUCCAACGCAGUGGAUGCAAGGCCGUUCUGUCCUCAGGGAGAAUCCUGGCGCUUGCGAAAUUGCGUUGUAAAAGUCAACUGGCCUGCAUCCCCGGGCCAGGGGUGGGGGGGGGUUCAUGGCGUGCUUCUGUGCGGUCUGGUAAGGGGGAGACCCGCAGUCUGGUCCGUUGGAGGUGUGCUGGGGGGGGGGGUAUUAUCAACUCGCGCUCAGCGACCCACCGACGCCAUCUCCAAAGUAAAGUUUUUAGUAAUAAUUCAUGUAUUUUUCAAAUUAAAAUUCGAAUUUACCUCAAAUGACUUCAAUGAUAAAUUAUAACAUAUUCUUCUACUUAAUAUUGCUAUUUCCAAAAAAACUAUUACACAAUGUCCAGAAUGUUAAAUAUAUGGACAACUAAAUUCAAAAAUUGUCUUUUAAAUCACGAAAAAUCAAAACUGCUCCAUUGUGAUGCUUAACUACGCUAUACUUCUUUAAACUGCGCACAUGAUAUUAUUCCCACUUGCCAAUUUUGUAAUUUUCAAUUAAGAUCCGUUAUGUUAAAAAUAAUUAAUGAUAUUUAUUGCAAUUUUAUCUCGGGAGUCUUAACCGAAAAAAAUGAAAGAUACAUUUGAAAUAGAUAAAGUAUCCUCUAUUUUUAAGAGCUUUUUUUUUCUUGUUUAUUAUUUGUUCCCCUAAUGACCAAAGUAUUGAAAUUCAUUCAGGCAUUUUGUCUUUCUAUUGGUGGGGUUUUGGCGACUAUAACUACAACCAACCAAAUGAGCGUGCUCACAGCUAAAGCAAACGAUGGUGAGUGGAUUAGAAAAGAAAUAUAUUGUAGUUAGCCUUGGCUGUCUCUGCUCUACCCUAGCUCUCUAACUACUUUAUGUGGAUGGUAACCUCGCUCACUCUGUUUCUCGUACUGCAAUAAUCAUGUAAUGGUUAGGCUUUCACUUUAAUAAUCUUCUAGACUGUUCAUGAUCAAGACAAGACCUUGGAACUCUGCUCUGACUUUCCCCGAUUGUCUCUCUAUUUCGUAAAUAUCUUCUCACAUCCUGUCCGGCCUCCCUCUUCUGUCACCUCUAGAAAUCCCCCUUUAUAAGUCAAGGAGUCCACCGUGGUGCCUCUAGAGAUUACUUCCGCGUGCUAUUAUGGUUUCUACAUGUUGGUACUCUAAUUAACCUAAAACUUCCCUCCGUCUAAAUGGACAUCAACUAGCAACUCCCCUUGCAUCUAAUGCCUAAUUAUGUUAUUUUCACCCUCACGUUUGUGUUUGUGAUGUCAGACGCCACGUGAUAAUUUGUGAGUCUUCGUACGGUGGGUUUCCCCCCUCACCCCAGCACAAUAUGAUCUCUACCUUCCAAUGUCUUGAUUUAUCGGUUGUCAACGUUAAAUUCGUGCUUCUAUGUUAGCUGGCCAUCUGAUAUGCGUGUUAAUUAGUCAGCCACCGUUCUGUGGGUCCCCCACCCUUGUACGAUACAGGCUGAACCCUCUCUAAUAUAUAUAAAUUUAAUACAGAGCAGUGAGUAAUAGUGCUGUCUAAAUUGCGACAGUACCUUGUGGAAUUAAGUUAAAUCCCCAGAAAAAAGCUUAGACAAGCAUAAACAAUACAACAUCUCGUUAAUAUUGGAUGGAAAUUGAACAUGUAGGUCUCCAAAUCUGAAAGCAAACAAAGAGAUGGAGUUCCGUAGGUGGUAUCAAAUUAACGCAAUAAAAAUUCCAAAAACUUAUGUGAUGUGGAAAGUAUCAAAAACACAGUGAAACACUAUAAAACACUUCUGGUCAUAUUCUGCAUCCUGCAUCCCGGAAAAUUUCCAGUGAUUCUCCAAAAAAAUUUGCCAUUGUCUCUAAUAGGCAAGGAUGAUAGGGUUAGGCUGAUAAUUUGAUAUACCCUUUGUCCUCUACGUGUGUAAAAACGAACGUUAAUUAAAGUAUAUAUGAACCAUUUGAAAUUUGGACUCUUCAAGAAUUCAACAAACCAAUACGUCAUUUGUUAACUGAAUUAAGUAUUUUUGGUCUGUGCAAUGUGUCUUUUUAUCGAGUUGAUGGCUUUUUUUUUUAGGGGGGGGGGGAAUGUUUUCUCCCACAUAUAAUUUUUUCACCUUUCACAUUCUUCAAUUAAUUUUUACAGUUGUCUCUCUUGCUUAGAACCAAACAAUGUUUAAAAAUAUUUUUAUCGAGUUGAUGGUUUUUUUUUUAGGGGGGGGGGGGAAUGUUUUCUCCCACAUAUAAUUUUUUCACCUUUCACAUUCUUCAAUUAAUUUUUACAGUUGUCUCUCUUGCUUAGAACCAAACAAUGUUUAAAAAUAUGAUUCAAAUUGAAAUAAAAAAUUUACAAUAUGAAUAUAUCAAAAUAGUAAUAAUAUAAAUUCGUUAAGGUCUUAAAACUUGAAUAAUUACUGUCUCCUUAUAAUUUUUUAUUUUCUCUUUUUUGUACAUUAUUUAGUACAUUGCUUUUUUUUUUUUUUUUUUUUUUUUUUUUUGUUUUUUUUACACAUCAAUAUUUCAGGAGAUUCAGUGUGGAUUGGCGCCAAUGAUAAAUCUGUUGAGGGAACUUGGCGCUGGGAGGACACGGGGGCCUUGGCGACGGAACUGUCUGGACUUUGGGACGUCGCCAGUGGGCAACCUGAUAAUUACAACAACGACGACUGCGCGGAUAUCUAUGUACGGUGCCUGAAUGUCGAGUUGUGGGACGACCCUUGCACGUCCAAAUAUAGCUUUAUAUGCAUGGAGAAGGGUUAGUAUUGAAAUCUUAUCGAUUUCAAGUGAUUUUUUUUUAUUUUUAAAGUUAAACUUGAUUGUCUUAUAACAAAACAUUAUUUUGUUUAAGGAUUUGUCGUAGGUGGCAGUAGAGGGAAGAAAAUUGAUUUUUGAUAAAAACAAUAUAUUAAUUUUAGAUAUCAUGUUUUAAUUAUAAUGCUAAUACAAUUUGAUACUGAUUUUUAGUUUAACAAUUUAAAUGUCUAUUUUGGUAUUUAUUAAUGUAAAUACAUUUUUUUUUUCAAAUGUCUUCCUUGGGUUAAGUUUUUUUAUUUCAUUUAUUUUCAGCACCGACUACGACGAAAGUAACGACAAAAAUAACGACAACACAAAAAUUGACGACUACUACUGUGCCUACUAAUACAUCCACUUUACAAACUACAAAAACAAUUUUAUCUACUAUAGAAACAGCUAUACUCACUGCUGAAACAACCCUACCAACUACACCAACAACUCUACCCAAUGCACCAACCACUAUACCCACUACAACAACCCCACUACCUACUUCAACAACCACUCUACCUUCUACAGAAACAACACUAUCCACUAAACCAACCACUACUCCCACUACACUAACCGCACUACCAACUACAAUAACAACCACUGUACCUACUACAACAACAACUCUUCCUUCUAGAACAUCUGCUUUAAACAAUACAACAACUUCACAAUCUUCAACAUCUAUUUCUCCUAGUACAACAAUUAAUCAACCUACUACAAAAACCACUGACACUGCAACAUCAUCACCGAAUCUAGAUAGAGACGAAUUGACCUCAUCUUUUGACUCGGCUCAGCCGAUGACCCAGUACGACGGUUCAAUCCUUAACUUAAACCAACGUGUCGAUGUAGAGGCCAGGGCUGAAGUGGACACGACCACAUCAACACCAUCUUCAGCAGCCUCAGAACACGUAGCCACAUCGGAGUCCAUUCCUUUCAACCAGACACUUGCGAUCGUUUCCUGUGUUGUCGGUUUUCUCAUAGCGAGUGUUCUCAUGAUCAUUAUAGUGGCCGUGUGCAAGGCGUGCAAGGCAUGUAGUAAGAACAAAGUACACGCAUUUUAAAAUUUCGAGUGUUAAACAAUUUUUAAAUUAUUAGUUUCUGUAUAUUCUUUCUGA